AUGAAUAUGCUUCACAAGAGCAGUCGGCAGUGGAGAUGUCUAGCCACGAUGACCACCACCACGACAAUGACUGCUACUACUACCAUCCCUUCACUAUCAUCAUUAUCAUUAUACUCUAAUUGUAAAUCAUCAUCGCUACUAUCAUCAUAUUCAACUUCAAAUAACAACAACUCGAGUAGUAGUCGAGAUGGAUCUUCAUCAUCAUCAUCAUUUAUACCUCCAUCAUCAUCUUCAUCAUCAUUUGUACCUCCUCCACCUCCAUCAUCAUCAUCCUCUGCAUCAUUUAUACCUCCACCCCCAUCAUCAUCAUCAUCCUCUACAUCAUACGUACCUCCACCUCCAUCAUCUUCGCAUGAACCUCCACCCCCACCUUCAUCUUCAUCUUCAACAACAGAAACUUCUAAAGAUUCAUUAUAUGAUACAUUGGAUUUAAGUAGACCAGAGAAUAUAGAACAAUCAACCAAAGAGAUAUUGGAUAGAAUUGUAAUUAGUCAAGAAUCGAUACACAGCAAACAAGAAGAAUUGAAUAUAAAAAUGAUAACAGAUACAUUCUUUGACAAGGAGGAUAUCAAACGUGUCAACAGUGAGAAUGCUGAAAAGUUUGAAAAGGCAAAGGAUCUCUAUGUGUUUGGUGUCUAUGAUCAGGCAUUUGCAUUGUUUAGCGAGAUUGAUGUCAAUCAUGGCAUGCGAAAUGUGUUCCUUGGCAAUAUGCAUCUCACAGGUGCUGGUGUGCCCAAGAACGAGGCAUUGGCAUUUCAUCACUUUAACUUGGCUACGCGUGCACGUGUCCCAGUGGCAAUGGGUGUGGUCGGAGAGAUGUACCUAAAGGGGCAAUCAGUGGGUCUCAACGAAUCACAGGCCAGAUCUUAUUUUGAUGUUGCCGCUAGUCUUGGUUUGCGAUCCUCUACUGAACAACUCAUCUAUAUGACCAUCAACCGUGUUGGAGGAUUGUUUAAUCUAAAAAAGGCAUGUUUCUAUCUCAAAAGGUUGGCGAUCCUCGGUGACACGGGUGCAUUUGCCACGUUGGGAUCAUUGCUCUACGACAUUCAACGUCGAUUGGCGUUGGAUUUAUGGACGUUUGGUUGUCGUAUUGGUAAUCUUGACUGUCUCCAUUAUCUCGGUAGAUACUAUUACUCUAACGAGAAUCCAGACUAUCGAAACAGUUUUAUGUUGUGGACGCGUGCUGCAGAGGGUGGAUACGCCGAAUCACAAUUUUGUCUCGGAUCAAUGUACGAGAUGGGUCUGACGGUCGACCGUAACCUUCCCUAUUCCUUCCACCUCUACUUGAGUGCUGCCACCCAAGGUAACGCCGACUCGCAAUAUCUCGUAGGUAAGGCGUACAAUGAAGGUUACGGCAUUGAAAAGAACACAGUCAAGGCAGCACUAUGGUUCCAAAAGGCAGCUGACCAAGGCGAUGAGCGAGCACAAGAAAUUGUCAACACACUAAACGAAAAGAUUCAACAAAGAGCAAGAUCAAAGCUUACAACUCAAUCACGUUAUGGUAAAAAGAUAUCUGAUCAACGUGCCUCCAGAAAUACAUUUUCCAAAUCAAGAGAUAAAACAGUCGCUCCAAAAUUAUUCACAAAACUAUUCCGUCAACAACAACCUCAAAAUGAUUCAGACAACGACAAACCUCGUCGUACCUUUAAACCAAGGGAAAAUGAUUCAGAUAACGACAAACCUCGUCGUACCUUUAAACCAAAGGAAAAUAAUAAUAAUAGCAACGAUGAGACUGUCAUUUUGGAUCGAAAAGAAGGUUUUGGAAAGAAAAAGAAAAAAGAUUAA